CCCCCCGCACCCCACCUCCCUGACCUUGUGGGACUGCACUCAGUCUGCGCUGGAGCUGCCCAGGGACCAGGAGUUUGGAGCAGGUCCGGGCCGACGCCACCGCCCAGAUGGCCUCCAGGCUGACCCCGCUGACCCUGUCGCUGCUGCUGCUGCUGCUGACUGGGGUUAGAGCCUCCUCAGAUCUGAAUGUUACUAGCCCCAACUCCAUGGCAGAGAGCUGGCAAGGGGGAAGCGAAGGACACAUCUCGGAGGGAGCGAUCACCAAGAAUGUAUCCACUCAACACACCGUGGACUCUUCUACCUUGUUGAAUAUCAGCUCAACCAUCGUAACAGCCAAUACCACUCUUGAACCCACUACUCAGCCUUUCAUCGGGUCCACUGUUCAACCCACCCAGCCCACUACUGAGCCAUUCUGCCCAGGGCCUGCCACUUCCUGCUCUGACGCGGAGAGUCACUGGGCAGAGUCUGAGUUGAGUGAGGCCUUGAUAGCCUUCUCUCUGAAGCUCUACCAUGCCUUCUCAGCAGUGAAGAAGGUGGAGACCAACAUGGCCUUUUCUCCAUUCAGCAUUGCCAGCCUCCUGACCCAGGUCCUGCUUGGGGCCGGGGAGAACACCAAGAGAAACCUGGAGAACCUCCUCUCCUACCCCGAGGACUUUGCCUGUGUCCACCAGGCCCUGAAGGCCUUCACAUCCAAAGGCUUCACAUCAGUCUCUCAGAUCUUCCACAGCCCAGACCUGCCCAUAAGGGACACCUUUGUGAAUGCCUCUCAGAGCCUGUAUGGCAGCAGCCCCAGAGUCCUGGGAAAUGACAGCAAUGUCAACGUGGAGCUGAUCAACACCUGGGUGGCAGAGAAGACCAACCACAAGAUCACAGAACUGCUGGAAAGUCUGCCCUCGGACACCCGCCUUGUCCUCCUCAAUGCUGUCUACCUGAGUGCCAAGUGGAAGACAACAUUUGAUCCAAAAAGAACCUCUCUGGAGCCCUUUUACCUCAAAUCCUCUGUGAUAAAAGCGUUCAUGAUGAACAGCAAGAAAUACCCUGUGGCCCAUUUCACUGACUCAACUUUGAAGGCCAAGGUAGGGCAGCUGCAGCUCUCUCACAAUCUGAGCUUGGUGAUCAUGGUGCCCCAGAGCACGAAACACUAUCUCGAAGACCUGGAGCAGGCUCUCAGCCCCAUUGUCUUCAAGGCCAUCAUGAAGAAACUGGAGAUGACCAAGUUCCAGCCCACUCUCCUGACGCUGCCUCGCAUCAAAGUGAAGAGCAACCAGGACAUGCUGACAGUCAUGGAGAAACUAAAAUUCUUUGACUUUCUUUAUGACCUCAACCUGUGUGGGCUGACCGAAGACAUAGAUCUUCAGGUUUCUGCGAUGCAGCACCAGACCAUGCUGGAGCUGACGGAGUCCGGGGUGGAGGCGGCCGCAGCGUCAGCGGUUUCUGUGGCCCGCAACUUGGUCAUCUUUGAAGUGCAGCAGCCCUUUCUCUUCCUGCUCUGGGACCAGCAGCACAGGUUCCCUGUCUUCAUGGGGCGGGUGUACGACCCCCUGGUCUGAGACCCUUAGGCUACCAGGCUAAUGCAAGCCGUACCACGCAAGCCCUGCUACCGCCUGCCUGGACUCGCCCCCAGCCACCUCUGCCCCAGGCUGUCCCCUGCUGUCCAUGUGAAGGGCUCCCUUGGGGUCUGGGGAAGGCCCUUCCUCUAUCAUCCUUCCCUGUUGCUCCCCAAAGCACUUUUUAUAGCUUUCUCUGGUUCAAGUUAACCAACCUCUACAAAUAAAACUUGACAGACCAUGACUUCUUCUCAUA